AUGCUUGAUCCUCCUAGAGACAGGCAGGGCUUCCCCGAAGCUGCAGGACGCGGGGAUUUUGUAGGUUCGGGACACAGCGGAGGAGGUUCGGCUAGAGGAGCAGCAGGUUCGGGAGGGAGAACCGACUCCGCCUAUGGAGUCGGGGACGGAGGCGGAAGCGGGGAAGGAGGCGGAGCAAGCGGAACAGGACCUCCUGCAUUGCCUGCGCGCGGAGGCGGUCGAGUUUCCGCCAUCCGCAGCUUCUUUCCGCGGAGCCGAUCGGUGUCGGUGGAUUAUUCCGCCUCUGCCUCCUCUCCGCUAGGUAUCCCCGGAAGCAGCGCCAGUACCAGGCGCAACUCCGAAUCUGAAGAUCCCCGCCGAUCCUCCCCCCUCGGUUCCCCUGGGGGGCAGCGCGGCGGGGGAGGCGGAACGGGGGGGGACCCGCGGCAAGCGUCUCGACCUCCGCCGCGCUACGAUCCGCGCAUGGGUCGGCAUUGUUCCCCUCUCGGCGGUUCCGCGCUGUCCCCCGCUCCGCGACCCCCAUCCCCGCUUCUCGAGGCAUCGCUCCCCGUCUCAGCGGUCCAAUCAGACCCUAGCGCCUUCGGCGGCGAAAAUGGAGUAUCCGGGGGACCAAUGAACAGCUCCAUUAAACAACUGCGGUCGAACCGCCAUCUCCGUACACAAUCCGUCGACGUAUCGUCCGUCGAUUUCGCCUUCCACGUCCCCGAUCAAGGGGGGCUGGAGGCGCAGGGGGCACCGGGCGCAGCGGAAGGAGUCGGCGCAAGGGGAAGCGCGGUGGAAAGGGCUGCAGGCCCGCCACCAAAGUCCCCCUCGGGGUUCAGAUUAGGGUUCGGGCUGGGAAUCCGACCCAGCAGUAGUCACGGCGGCCGCCCCAACACCAGCCAUGGGCGCCUGGGAGGCGGAGCAACGUCGGCGAGACCGGGAAGCGGCGGAAGCAGACCGGGAAGCGGGGGGAGCAGACUGGGGAGCGCGGCCGAGGGGAACGGCGGUCCGGAGCAGAGUCAGGGGCGCGGCGGGCGAGCGCACGGGCGGCGGGCGUCGGUAGACUUCGGGUCGAUGGGCGCAGGAAUCCCCGCGUCCGCCAGCGAGCCGCUAUCCCCGUUCGAAGCAGCCAAAGCGUCGCUCUUUGCGAGUCAGCAGCGCCAGCGGGCUGGGAUGGGGGGAGGGAUGGCGGAAGGGUUGGGGGGAGGGGCGGGCGGAGGGGUACCGAGGGGCAGCAGCGUCGACGGCUCUGGGCGCGCGGUUGAGUCCCCCCGGACAGCGGCUAGGCGCGGGCUGCAGUACGGGUUUGGUUCGGAUAACCGCGGAAUGGAGGUUCGGGCUGAGGCUCGGAGCCCUAUAAUGCUCGGAGCACGCGCUCGGCACAGGCUCUCCGCAGGUUCGGACUCUGUUGAUUCAGGUGGGAGCGACUCUCCUGGGUUUUCACCUGAGAGUUCGGUGUCUCCGCAUGGAGGGAUGCUGCCGGGGAGCAGGAGCACGGGGAGCGCGCCGAUGGGGGGAUUCGCGGGGGGGAUGGGGGGUGCGCUGUCGAGCUGGGGCUCUCGGCGCGCGGGGAUCAACCCGCCGCGGCUGCAGGUGGAGGUUCACGCGGAAGAGGAGGAGGGGGAGGGGGAGGGGGAGGGGGAGGAGCGUAAUGUGUUAGUGAUUGAGGAGGGGGAGAACGAGGAGGAGGAGGGGUAUUCGAAGGACGCACUGUCCCCGCUACCAGGAGCAGAGGGAGAACGACAAAAUCGCCCGCCCACAGCGGGAAAGAGCAAAUCGCCUCUCAAGUCCCGGAUAGCCGCAGUGGCGCGGACCUUAAAGCACGGGUUGCACAGCCCCGCCGCUGGCGCCAUGGGGGGAAUCGGAAACAGGUUCCGCGGGGUUGGUGGUGGCAUGGGGAUGGGGGGGAUCGCGGGGGCGUUAGGCGGCGGGGGAGGCGCGGAAGCGGGGGGGGCUGGCGCGGGCGGGGGGCGCAGGCACAGGCGCGCAAUCUCUGUGGAUUUCAACCAGGCGCCAGUGUUCACCGCGGCUUCCCCGCGUGGGGGGCCGGCGGAAGGGGCGGAGCCAGCAGAGGGGGAUCUCUCCCUGUCCCUCUCUCCCCCCCAUGCGCUAUAUGCCUCUGGCGCAGACCCCGUGUUUGACGCCAUGUCUCCCCGCCUGCUCACCCCCAAGGGUUUCAGCACUGGGUUUGGCGCCGCUGCUGGCCCCGGGCCUGCUGGCUCGGGACUGUUAGGCUCGGCAGCGCCAGGCUCGGGCGCUGCUGCAGUGGCUGGGCGGCAGCUGGCCGGCCAGCACCGCCGGCACCACUCGUUCGCGGACCAGUCCUGGGCGGGAGGGAUAGGGGGAGCAAUAGAGUCCCCCAGGCGGAUGGGGAGCGGAGGGGGCGGGUCCAUUCUUCCGCCGCGCAGCCCCCUAACCAUGGGGGGAGGGGGCAGCGGCGCGUGGGGAGAUAAUCUAAAUUUAGGGGAAUUUACCCCAUCUGCUUUGCAAUCACCCAAGCCCCCGCGCUCGCCUUAUCACAACGAAUUCUCCCAAGACAGAGCAGCAGCCGCGGCUGCCGCCGCUGGGGGGAAUGCGUCCGCUGCUACGGGCGCAGGGCAGCUCCCCCUCACGCCUGGGCGGAACCGCGCGUUGAUUGCGGCGCGCGGAGGCGGGGGAGGCGGGGGAGCGGUGAUGCGGGGCAGCGCGCGGGAGCGGCCGUCCCCCGGGAUGGACGAGGACGACGACGUGUGGGGCGCUGCUUCUGCCAUGGCAGGCGGAGCAGGGGAGGCGGGGGGAGCAGGGGGCGGAGCGGGGAGGGCAAGCGGGGCGGGAGGGGCAGGGGUGCGCGCGGGUGGGGGAGCGUAUGAGCUGCGCAAGGCGGGGAGCAGCAGCCGGUUGGAGCAGGCGCUCCUGCCAGACCACCGCGUGCAGGGCUCCCUGGCCUUCAACCGCCUGCACUCCGCGCGCGACCCCCACGCCAGCCCCCCCGCGCCCGCCUCCCCCCUCACCCCCUCCGGCAGGGCGCUCGGCGGGGGGUAUCAGGGGUCUGGGCGGGGAGGUGGUGGGAGAGGCGCGGAGAGGGGUGGGGCGGGUGCGGGGAUGGGCGCGGGGCGGGGGGGCAUGGGACGUAUGGGCGCUACAUCUGCUGCUGCUGCUGCGCAUGCUGCUGCUGCUGGUGCGCGCGGCAGUGGUGGGGGCGCUGGCAGCGGCGGCAGGGGGGGAGUGGUGCCUGCUUGCUCGUCCCUGGAUAGUGCUGGGCUGGACUCCUCCCCCCUAGCUGUUCUCUCCCACGGCUCUAUCCCUGAUCGCCCCAGCACCGCCUCUGGCCCCAGCGGUAGGCUCAGGGCAGCAGCGUGGGGGCGAGUGAGGGUGGAUGGGGGGAGGAGGGACGAGAGGGCGGCGGGCGUGGGCGGGUGGGAGGGGGGAGACGGGGAAGGGGGGGGAGGGGGAAGCCGGGGGCUUACAGGGGAGCUGGGGACGUAUGGAGGCGAUGGGGAGGGCGAGAAAGGGGAUGCUGAAGCUGACAUGUGGCAGGUGAUGAGCUCUGGCAGCAUGCGGUGGCGAGACUUCAUCCUGCGCAUGCCGUACGAUGAUGUGAAGAAGUUCUAUUCGGUCAGCGCCACCAAGAUCGGCAGCGGGCGGUACGGCGUCAUUCGGACUUGUCUCAGCCGCAAGACUCGCGUGGUGCUGGCGUGCAAGACGAUAAGGAAGGACCAAGUCAAGUGCAUGGAGGACGCAGAGGACGUGCGCACAGAGGUGAUCAUACUGGGCAUGCUGCGCAACCACCCGGGGAUCAUCAGCCUGCACGACGCCUUCGAAGAUGCAAAGUAUGUACACCUGAUCAUGGAGAUGUGUCGGGGAGGGGACCUAUUCGACCGGGUGAAGCUGCGGGGGCAGUUCAAAGAGACAGACGCAGCCAUCGUGUGCCGGUCGCUGGUGGAGGCGCUGCUGCAUUGCCACUCCAACGGGGUGAUUCACCGCGAUGUGAAGCCGGAGAACGUGCUCAUGUGUGACAAGGACGUGGACACCAAGAUCAAACUCAUCGACUUUGGAGUUGCCACCUUCUACAAGCGAGGCGUCCCCUGCACGGAACGAGCAGGCACGGUGGAGUACACUGCUCCAGAGGUGCUGGAUAAGAGCUACGGGCCAGAGUGCGAUAUCUGGAGUGCAGGAGUCGUCCUUUAUAUCCUCCUCUGCGGCUUCCCACCCUUCUGGGCGGCGACCAACGCUGAGCUGGAGCAGAGCGUGCGGGCGGCGGCGGUCGACUUCCGCCACCCGCGCUGGGCGGCGGUGUCGGACGGCGCCAAGGACCUCGUGAAGAGGAUGCUGACGAAGGACGUGAGGCGGAGGAUCUCCGCACUUGAGAUAUUCGGGCAUCCCUGGAUUAGAGCUGCUGAGAAGCAGCACAGACUAGACAGCAAGCCGCAACCUCCAAAUGGUGACUCCUCUUAA